AUGAGUAUCUUCAACCAAAAAUCAAAAUUCAAAGUAAAAACCGAAGUCCGCGCCGUAAAGAAGACCCUCCCCGAAAAACCCAAGCCAAAACCUACCUCCGCCCCCCCCUCCACCUCCCGAAUCCCCUCCUCGGUGCGCGCAUCCCCCUCCACAACCUCAACACUUCGCGCAUCCCCCCUCCCGCCCUCCGCCCGCAAGUCCCAAAUUGGCUCCUCCCGCUACCUCGACCCAUCCUCCGCCCUGAAAGCCCCUUCCUCCUCUACAUCCAGCAACAGCCGAAAGCGACCUCGAGCCAGCCACUCCCCCGCCUCCCCGUCCUUCGACUCAGACUCCGAUUCUGACUCGGCCUCCGACGACGACUGGCAAGACCAGCUCGACCCACGAAAGCGCCUCAAGCGUCUCGAACAGCUGCGACGACAUGACCCCAACCGCCGGGUCCGCCACCCAAAGAUGUGGAAGGGCGACAGGGAGUCCGAAGGCGAGUUGCUGCCAAUAAUUCACGCCGUCGAAGUCGCCAGCCUCAGCGAAAAGUGCCAACCGGUUAUGGGACUGUCAAGAGAUGAGGUAGGCGUCCGGUUGCGCUACCCGGGCUCGAACCAUAGGGAGAAGUACGCUUGUUCUAUAUUAAUGUCUACCUUCUACAACUGCCAUCUUUUGUUCUCGACAAAGGUAUACGAACUGGUAAAAGGUAAAGACAAGAUCGAAGGCGCUCAAGACAUCCUGACCGUUGUCCGCCACGUCGCAUCCAUCUACCUCUCCGAAGAGGAAGCCCGCCCGUUUCUAGACCAAAACUCCGGCAUCUACCGCCGGUUAGAACGCUGCAAAAAUCUAAACGACGGCAAGGGUUUCAAAGAAGCGCUCAAAGAAUAUAGCGAAAGUCUGUUCGCCCUCCAGCGCAAAGGUGUGAUCGCCAAGAACCUAGAAAACAUGCGAGGAGUCCCGCAGGAACUCGUCGCCUUCAUCCUAGACCAGGUAUACGACCGCACCGUAGCCCCCAAAGUCGAGCUCCUCGCCAAGUACGAAAACGGCACCGACAACGUCUACGGCGAGCUCCUCCACCCCUUCAUCUCGGACAUUUUCGAGCGCACCCAACUGACCUCGGACAUGGUUUUUGUCGAUUUGGGAUCCGGCGUUGGCAACGUCGUGCUCCAAGCAGCCCUCGAAAUAGGCUGCGAAAGUUGGGGGUGCGAAAUGAUGGAAAACGCCUGCAACCUCGCCGACGCGCAGAAAAGGGAAUUCGCCGCCCGCUGCCGGCUGUGGGGGGUAGCGCCCGGAAAGGUCCACCUCGAGAGGGGCGAUUUCCGUAAGAACGAACCGAUCCUCGAGUCCCUUAAGCGGGCCGACGUGGUGCUGGUGAACAAUCAGGCCUUCACCUCGCAGCUCAACGACAACCUCGUCAACAUGUUUCUCGACCUCAAGAUUGGAUGCAAGAUUGUGUCGCUCAAGACGUUUGUGCACGACAACAAGCUGGCUGAGAACGAUGUCGCUUCGUCGAUCUUGGAUGUGGAGCAUUUGACGUACCCGGAGGAGUACGUCAGCUGGACGGGGGCGGCGGGGACGUAUUGUAUUUCGACGAGGAAGUAA